AUGGCGGAGUAUGAGCAUCACGGAACCACCUCCGUCACUGCCACCCACCACCAUCACCACCACCACGGUAUGAUUACUAAAGAGACGGCCCUCCAAGCCCUAAACACCAUAAUCCAGCUCCAUUUUGAGAAAACCCUAGAGAAAAAACGAGCUGUGGACCUCCAGAAAAAGGAGCUGUGGAAGCUCUUCCAUCUCUUCUUCAUCUUCUUGAGCCUGGUUUUCUUGGCCCAGGCCCAGUCUCCACGGCUGCAAUGCCGCCACUGCUGGGUGCCUAUUGGGCUGCUCUCGCUGGCCCACCUCAUUUUCUACGUGUCGGUGGCCCAAACUCUGCGGUGCAUCAACGGCUUCAAAUACCAGCGGCGGUGCCACAAGCUGACCCUUGGCCUCGCCACCGAGCGGCUGAGGCAGCUGAAGAUGAGGCUGAGCAGCGGCGGCAGCGCCGAUGAGAUUGGGGAGGAGCUCGAGAUUCAUUAUCAGGAGCCGCCAGAAAGCUAUUUCGGUAAGUUCAAGAGGAAUUGGGCUUUCCAUUUUGGCUUCUUGAUCUUCAUUUAUGGUUUCAUGGUUUCAUCUUCUGUUGUUCUUCUUUGCUUUUAG